AUGUGCGUUCUCCCCACCUUCGCCAAGGGCCUCGCGGCAGUGGCGCCUUCAAUCAAUAAUACCGCCUGCACCGUAUCCAACGAAUAUCUUUUCGUUCAGCAAGAGCCUGCAGUUCCGCACCGACGUCCCUGGACGGGUGAGAACACCUUCACGUGGAGGGACAUUAGCGCCGACAUUGCCGUUUCUAUGAGCCCUUGCGACGAGUCCGUCAAGCAAGUCAUGCAAAUGUACCGCACUCGUACCAUCGGCUCGGUCAGCCGGUAUACCAUACAGAGCCAAGCGCUGGAAUAUGGAACGUCCGCGCUUGAGGAAGAAGUCGCCAUCGAGAUGAUCCCUGAAGAUAGGUCCGAUUCAUUCAAGGAAGAGGAAAAAUGGGAACGAGUCGAUUCGGGAGACACAUCCAAUGACGAGGAAAGACACGAAAGGACGAAAUACGCAGGAACUGACUGCACAAGAUCAACCUAUAUGGGUAAAGCUGGUUAUUCUCAUACCGUGCUCCCCAAGGACGAGUCAAGCAACGAUUCACAUGUUGGCGGCAUUCAAGUCAUCAUCACUGAGCACUUUUACCAACAAAACUAA